GAGGCGACAAGGUAGGCUGUCACUCUGCAAAAGCUGCCCCGAACAGGCUUUCCUCUGAAAAGCAGUGCCAUUCCUUUUUAAAAGACUGAAUCCAAAUGUUGUCUCUGGAGACAAGAAGCCUUCAGUAUGUUCAAUUACUUCAUUACGUUUUUCAGAUGCUUAUUGAUUCCACAGUAGGAAGAGUGAGAGACUGCAGCAGCCUCUAGGCAGCACUCCACGUUCCAUACAUUAGCAGGACUGCUGAGACAAUGGCACAGUACAGACACAUAUUUUCAUUAAGGUCUUUUCUGAAGAGAUGUUUAUGACCCUCUUCCCCAAGUCCUCUGCUAACAAGUGAACAAAAUGAAUCAAUCAAAACUGGAAACGCUUCAACUCCAUCAGGAAUUUAUCAAACCUUUAGCGGAGGGCCCACGGCAGCUAAUUCAGUAUUUACAAGUGACAAUAUGAGGAAUGCAUCUGAUCAAGCACCUCCCUAGCCGACUGAACCAUAAACUGCAGGAUAUUCUUCUAACAUAUGCAUUUAAGACAGUAAGGAGUUAAAACCAGAAAAGACAGGUCCACAUUACUGCCGGGAUACAAGACAUCGACAGUAAUCAUCCUAAGAAGAAGCUCUAUAAAAUAGACAUAAAAAGAAAAACAAUUUGACUGCAAAAGCCCAAAACAAAAUGGUGAGCUUUUUUAAAGGGGGAGUUUAUACUUUAACAUACCAGGAUUGUGGAGCUGAUUCCUGAAGAAACAAUGAGACACGGAUUGCCAAAAAGAGAAUGCCACACAUUAGCAGCAAGCUAAAUGAAGCUUUAUCCAAGUCUUUUCUGCACUAAAUAUUCAGAUAUUCACAGCAGCUGAUAUUACUACUAAAGGAUUUUCCCAUCUAAGUUUUAUGACUAUGUAUCCUCUUCUAAUGAAAGCAAAUCAAAUUAAAUAGCAGAUGGUUUUUAUCAAAAGAACAUGGACUGGAUUUAGAAUAUAAAGCAAGUUAUGUGAUCAAGAAAUCAUUUCAAAAUAAUGAGGACUGCUAUAGAAACAGAUUUACAUUUAUAACAAAAGGAUGUCUAAAUACAUUUUAGAAGCUAGAAACCGUAUGUUUCCUUUUUUGUUUUCACAUAUUCUGGAAAAUAAAGAGACACUAUCACAUAUUCCCUCAAAGGGAAAUAUAAUUCCUACCAUUUGAGGAAGUUUCUCUUGGUCGUGACUUUCUAAGGCAAAACAAAUACAAAUGUUUGUACUGGUCUUUAGAAAUCCAUCAGCCAACUAAAUGUCACAAUUCAUGCAGUUUGAAGUAUUGGAGAGAAAAUGAAAGAAUUUCUACAAGACAUGAAAUAAAACACAGCUACUUCACUGUUGUCAGGUAAAAAUUCAUGUCAAAAUCUGUCAAUGACAUCAUGUAUCACUUUGUGAAAACCUGCCGUGGUGAGCCAAAGGGCCCAUACGGCCACAGCAAACAGGGAAAACACCAACUGCUCCAAAAGAAUGUGUUUUUCUCCCGUUCUGGAAAUCAACAUGCAGUCUGAAUCUAACAUUACAGUGCGAGAUGACACUGAUGACGUCAACACCAAUAUGUACCAACCACUUUCCUAUCCAUUAAGCUUUCAAGUGUCUCUCACCGGAUUUCUUAUGUUAGAAAUUGUGUUGGGACUUGGCAGCAACCUCACCGUGUUGGUCCUUUACUGCAUGAAAUCCAACUUAAUCAACUCGGUCAGUAACAUUAUUACAAUGAAUCUUCAUGUACUUGAUGUCAUCAUUUGUGUGGGAUGUAUCCCUCUAACUAUAGUCAUCCUUCUGCUUUCACUGGAGAGUAACACUGCUCUCAUCUGCUGUUUCCAUGAGGCCUGCGUAUCUUUUGCAAGUGUCUCAACAGCAAUCAACGUUUUUGCUAUCACUCUGGACAGGUAUGACAUCUCUGUAAAACCUGCAAACCGGAUUCUGACAAUGGGCAGAGCUGCAAUACUGAUGAUAUCCAUUUGGAUUUUUUCAUUCUUCUCUUUCCUGAUUCCCUUUAUUGAGGUAAAUUUUUUCAGUCUUCAAAGUGGAAAUACGUGGGAAAACAAGACACUUUUGUGUGUCAGUACAAAUGAAUACUACACUGAACUGGGAAUGUAUUAUCACCUGCUAGUACAGAUCCCAAUAUUCUUUUUCACUGUCAUAGUGAUGUUAAUCACAUACACCAAAAUCCUUCAGGCUCUUAACAUUCGAAUAGGCACAAGAUUUUCAACGGGGCAGAAGAAGAAAGCAAGAAAGAAAAAGACAAUUUCUCUAACCACGCAACAUGAGACUACAGACAUGUCACAAAGCAGUGGUGGGAGAAACAUAGUCUUUGGUGUAAGAACUUCGGUCUCUGUAAUAAUUGCCCUCCGGCGAGCUGUGAAACGACACCGCGAACGACGAGAAAGGCAAAAAAGAGUCUUCAGGAUGUCUUUAUUGAUUAUUUCUACAUUUCUUCUCUGCUGGACACCAAUUUCUGUCUUAAAUACCACCAUUUUAUGUUUAGGCCCAAGUGACCUUUUAGUAAAAUUAAGGUUAUGUUUUCUAGUCAUGGCUUAUGGAACAACUAUAUUUCACCCAUUAUUAUAUGCAUUCACUAGACAAAAAUUUCAAAAGGUCUUGAAAAGUAAAAUGAAAAAGAGAGUUGUUUCCAUAGUGGAAGCUGAUCCUAUGCCUAACAAUGCUGUAAUACACAAUUCUUGGAUAGAUCCUAAGAGAAACAAAAAACUUACCUUUGAAGAUAGUGAAAUAAGAGAAAAAUGUUUAGUACCUCAGGUUGUCACAGACUAGGGAAACAUCUAAGUUUCACUAAGCCCACAUUCAGAAGUUUUAAAUUUAAAUUGUAAAAAAAUGAAAUUACUGCCAAAUAUAAGAAAAAAACAUUUUAAGUAUUGGUUAUGUUGUAAAUUUUCAAUGUAAAUGUCAAGAUUAGAUUAGGUCAUAUAUAUUCAAUUUCUUCAUUACAAUGUAUUUGUUGCAUGGCAGUUUGUUAAAGUAAUAUCAUGUGUAUAUUUUGUCAAUAUUAUGUCCAUCAGAAGAUAUUCAUGUAAGUCAUAUUUUCUAACUAAUAAAUACAUAGCCUUAAAACAGUGUAUAACUUUAAAACGUAA